AUGUUACUCAGAAACUCAACAUUAAACGAUGAAAGAAGAAUAGCAGCAACUGAAGAGCAAGUCCGCUCUGUGAAUGUAAUACAGCAGUCUAAAAACGUUGGAGUAGCUGAAAGGGAUCACGAAAUCAAGGAUCCAGUAGAACUAGAGAUUGCUCGUCAAACACUCACAUUUUUGAAUAUGGAAGAUGCAGUCACAAAACCAAAACCACCAGUCAAAAUUGCUCAAGAAGAUGGCUCAUGUCCAAUUGUUGAAAGAAUUCCUGAUCUUCAAGGAGCCCUACCACAGGCAACACUUCUCAUACAAAAUCUUCAAGAAGGAGAAGUACACGCUGUUCAUCCUGAAAUUGGUCCAGGUGGAUCAUGGAAACCAAACGAUUGUCAGGCUCGGGAUAAAAUCGCAGUUAUCAUUCCAUAUCGAGAUCGUCAAACACAUCUAACUCGGCUUAUUGACUUUUUGAUUCCAAUUCUGCAGAGGCAACGACUGGAUUUUCGAUUCAUUGUGACCGAACAAUACGGAAAUGACUUGUUCAACAAAGGAAGAAUAAUGAACGCAGCUUUUAUUUUUGCUGAAAGUCUCGGAGUCGAUUGUGUUGUUUUCCAUGAUGUAGAUAUGUUCCCACAAGACGAUCGAAAUCCAUAUUCAUGCCCUCCUGGUCCACGACAUCUUGGUGCCUUCGUCAGUAAUCUUGGAUACCAACUUUGGUACAAGGAGAUUGUGGGUGGAGUGUUAGCAGUCUCGAUGGCCGAUUAUAGAGCAGUUAACGGCUAUUCGAACCAGUUUUGGGCUUGGGGAGGCGAAGAUGACGAUAUGGGACAACGAAUUCUAUCUCUGAACUACACAAUUGAAAGACCGAAUCCUGAAACGGGCAGGUAUUCCAUGUUGAAGCAUGUGAAAAGGAAACGAACAGCCCCAAAGCUCAUUUACAAACUACUCGGCAAUAGUGCAAAUCGUGUCGCAUACGACGGAUUGAACGAAACCGAUAAGUGGAGCAUUCGGAAGGUCACAACACGUCCUCUAUACUACCAUCUUUAUGUUGACGUCGGUCCAGUUCCCGAAGAAUGGCGAGCCAAAGCAUAA